AGCUGUCUCCCAAGCUGUCACAGAACACGCGAAUAAACGCUCAAAGCACGAGAAAAACCUUGUCUUUCUCCCAUCGCUUCCACAUUUCCAUCCAGCAUUCACACAAACACAAUGGCUGAAUCUCUCGCUCCCGCCGUUGCUCCCGACUAUAUCUACAAGAUCGUCCCUCCAGAAUCAUUCAAUACAUCUGAUAAAGUCCUCCCACUUUCAGACCUAGACCGAACUGAUGGUUUCUAUCAUUUGUCCACAGCAGCUCAAGUGCCAGGUACCUCCAACCGGUUCUUCCUCAGGGCAGAUUUUGAUCAUCUUUUGAUCCUCAAGCUCUCGUACCCGGGCCUUGCACCCCAAAUAAGAUGGGAGGCUGCUAGAGGCAACAGUGGCAAUUAUCCAGUAGACACAAGCAGGAUCUUUCCACAUGUCUAUGGUGAUCUGGAGCUUAAACAUUGCGUGGGAACCAUCCGCAUAAAUUGGGAUGAUGCUCAAAACCAGUGGAGUUUUCCAACCGGGUGGGAACAUGAAGUCCUGGCGUUUUAAGAAUAAAGAUGCAGGGUCUUAGACAC